UCUCAGCGUCCGCAUUAAAAGCAGUGCUGAGGAGUGCCAGUUCAAUGCUGUAGAUUAACCUGAUCCCUUGUAGCUUUUAAAGCAGCCUGAGUGGCAGGAAAUCAGCAUUUUAAGCAGACCAUCUGGCCUCUGUCCCAGGUGGAGUCUAUGUAGGAGGAGAAUGGGGAAGAUCUCAACAGGCCAGAGUCUAACAAUACCGAUUUAAUGAGGAUUGUUGGGAAGAAUUACCUCUGGGUUCAAAACAUCAACUUGUCCUGGGUAUAAGAGGAAAGAAGUGUGGCCGGAGAGCCAUUCAGCUAUAAAAGACCUGGGGUUUAUAGUGGGCCACAAGCUCCUUAUGAGUCUCCCAUAUGCUGUGGCAGCCAGAGAAGAGCAAGGUGAUUUUUGGCUUCGUAACCUGGCUCGGGGUCCAGGAGGAGCUGGGGAGGGGAUAGAAUGUAGACUCUGAGUGCGGGGCUCUGUGCAGUGCUGAAGUCUUUGUUCACUGGUCGCUCUCCCUCUUCUCCCGGGCCCUGGUCAGACCGUGUUCUCAUGGUCAGUUCUGAGAACCAGCUUUAUGGAAGAACAUGGAUCAUCUGGAGUCAUCCCAAGGAGGCAGCCAGGAUGGCGAAAGGCCUCCCGUUCUUGCUGGCUCUUCUGGGAAGCCUUCCCCGGCCAGACCAGCCCUCGUUUGACUCCUUCUGCCUGGGUGCCAAUGAGAAGCCGCCUGAGGCAGCAGGCGUGACAGCCUGACCCCAGCUCUGCUGCUGACUGGGUGGGUGACCUUGGGCACCUCCUCUUAAAACAAGACGGUUUGAGCCACCAUUCUAGAGAGCAAUUUGGAUUUUUUGUUUAAAAAUCACCCGUGUGUUCUUACCCAUAAUUAUACAUUAAGGAAAAAGAACAAAGACAAAAAAAAAAUUCCCAUACCUGACCUACAGAGCAUUGCACUUUGUGCCAAGAACCAGAAACAAAGCUGCACGUCAUUUGGGGAAUGGUUAAAACCAAUUGUAUGGAGUGCAUCAGUGUUAUGGAAUGUCAAUAUGCCGUAAGAAAAAGACGAAUUUGGGGAAGCUAUUGAAGCAAAUGAAGAUUUCUGUGAACUGCUGCAGAGUCAAGUAAGACAAACCGGACAGUGGGGAACUCAGUGAGUAAGCCUGCUGAGGAGUUGACAAACGGAGCUGUGCUCAGGGGCAUCACUGAUUGGAUGUGGUUCCCUGCAGCACACAGGAAGAAAGUUUAAAACCGAUUCGUUGCCACGAGGAACCGCCCUUCCUCCAGCCGGCUGGAUCUGUGGGACCUUUGGGAAGACAAAACACCCAUGAGGUGGCGUAGUCAGCUGGGAGAGGAGACGGAUGAUGGCCUGUGCCGGAGGAAGGGAGCGGCCAUAUGGUGCCAGGAGGGGCUCUGCGGUAUUCUGGAACAGGUCAAGCACUGACGGCUUUCUUUAGACAAAGAGUAGCAGGAAGAUGCAGCCCCCCUGUCGUCGCUGAUUUAUAAAGUUUGCCUUAAUGAAUACAUCUUUGAACACUAUCCCCAUUCUCUUCAGGCAGCCUGCGGUCUGUGGCCUGUCCCAGAUUACCAGCAGCCUGUACCUCGGCAAUGGCCUGGCCGCUAACAACAAGGUCAUACUGUCCAGCAACCAAAUCACCACCGUCAUUAACGUGUCCGUGGAGGUGGUGAACACCUUCUACGCCGACAUUCAGUAUGUCCAAGUGCCCGUGGCCGACACCCCGCUCUCCCGCCUGUACGACUUCUUCGACCCGAUCGCCGACAAGAUCCACACGGUGGGAAUGCAGCAGGGCCGCACGCUGCUGCACUGCGCGGCCGGAGUCAGCAGGUCAGCAGCCCUCUGCCUGGCCUACCUCAUGAAGUACCAUUCCAUGUCCCUGCUGGACGCCCACACCUGGACCAAGUCCUGCCGACCCAUCAUUCGGCCCAACAGCGGUUUCUGGGAACAGCUCAUUCACUACGAAUUCAAACUCUAUGGCAAAAACACUGUCCGCAUGGUGAACUCUCCCUUUGGCGUGAUCCCGGAUGUUUAUGAGAAGGAGGUCAAAGUGAUGAUCCCGCUGUGAUGGUGAUUAGCUUUCUGCUAUUCAGGGUGAAGGGUGCAGACCUGUCGUUCGCUCUAGACCACGGUCUGAACUUGAAAAUAAACUCUUCAGCUCGAGUAUCAUCCUUUGAUCGAUACAGAAAGCAGAUGACAAUGUGAGGUCAAGGAGCGAGCUCUCCCGGGGGCUUUAACCUUGAAUCAGCAUCUAUAAAGAAUAAAACUCAGUCACUACGAAAGUUAUCAAGAACUUCCCUGUCUGUGCCCGAUUUCCCGGGGCUAGUCAGGGAGGACGGGUGAGCAGGGGAGGUGAACUCCAGACGUCGGUUCAGCAGAGGGAGGAGCCAACAGGGGGUCUCUUGGUGCUGAUCCCAAAAGGCUGGGGACCAAUUGACAGGUCUGGGAGACUCAGGCCUGGCCAGUGACCAUGUCUGCCAUCACUCCCAGAGCCAGAUGGGGGCCCUUCCUCCCCUUCCCUGCCUGCUGCCUCCCCCUCCAGUUACUUUCUGGUGAGUCCAGUCAUGUGGGCCGACAGGCCUGAACCCUUUGGAGAUUCAGGGGCUGACCAGUGACUGAAAGGGGGUGUAUUUCCAUGCUCUGAGCUGAGCCAGCCUAUCUUCUGCCCUUGCUCUCCACUCUCCUGAGAGACGGGGUUGCCCCGUAGGCUUCCAGAGAUCAUUCCAGGAUCUCACUAAGGCACACUGCAGGGGUACCCCAUUUCAUCUCGCCCUUCCAUAGUGCCCUCCUGAAGUUCAUCUAACCAAGCCCUACCUUGGCAUUCAUCAUGCCAGAUAGGUAGGUUAGUGGAGACCCAGGUGCUCAAGCUUCUUUUGGAAGGAACAUCUUCUAUCUGUGCCUACUGAAGUCAGUUGCAGGGAACCAGUAAAUGGCACACGGUAGGUAGGGUGUGUCUGUAGGUGGCCAGCUCUCUCUCCCCUCCACUCCCUCCCCAAGCCCUUUAAGUGGCAUGAGGUCUGAUUAUGUCCUAAGUGGGUUAGUAGCAGAGUUCCCUGGAACACAUUUUUUAUUGGCUUAAAGAUCUUUUAGAACAAAUGAUCCUUAAUAAAACUUGUAAAAUUUUAAA